CCGAGGUGGACCAUUAACGAUCCGAAUUCGGCGUCGCCGGGCGGGAGGGAAUGAAUGGGCACUGAUCUGGGGCUUUCGGUGUUGGUUUCAGGUGUGUGAGCGACCGCAGCAUGGAGGACGACGCGCCGGUCAUCUACGGCCUGGAGUUUCAGGCACGUGCUCUGUCACCUCAGACUGCAGAAACAGAUGCCAUUCGGUUUUUGGUUGGGACGCAGUCUCUCAAAUAUGAUAAUCAGAUCCACAUCAUAGAUUUUGAUGAUGAAAAUAACAUCAUAAAUAAAAAUGUCCUCUUGCAUCAAGUGGGUGAAAUCUGGCACAUUAGUACUAGUCCUGCAGAUAAAGGGGUGUUGGCCACCUGCUACAAUAAAACUUCAGACAGCAAAAUCCUGACAUGUGCGGCCGUGUGGAGGAUGCCAAAGGAAUUGGAACCAGGCAGCCACGAUUCCCCCGACGAUUCAUCAAGCACGGCACACACCCUGGAGCUGCUCUGUCACCUUGACAACACAGCCCACGGCAACACAGCCUGUGUCUUAUGGGAACCCACAGGAGAUGGGAAGAAAGUCAUCUCCUUGGCGGACAACCACAUCCUGCUGUGGGAUUUGCAGGAGAGCUCUACCCAGGCUGUGCUGGCCAGUUCGGCAUCCCUGGAAGGGAAGGGACAGUUGAAGUUCACUUCGGGACGGUGGAGCCCACAUCACAACUGCACUCAGGUGGCCACGGCGAAUGACACAACUGUGCGAGGGUGGGACACUCGCAGCAUGAGCCAGAUAUACUGCAUAGAGAAUGCCCACGGACAGCUGGUGCGGGACCUCGAUUUCAAUCCCAACAAGCAGUACUAUUUAGCUAGCUGUGGAGAUGACUGCAAGGUGAAGUUCUGGGACACCCGAAAUGUCACUGAGCCUGUGAAGACCCUAGAGGAGCACUCCCACUGGGUGUGGAAUGUUCGCUACAACCAUUCACACGACCAGCUGGUCCUGACGGGUAGCAGCGACAGCAGGGUGAUCCUCUCCAACAUGGUGUCCAUCUCCUCUGAACCCUUUGGCCACCUGGUGGAUGACGAUGACCUGAGUGACCAGGAGGAGCACCGUUCAGAGAAGAGCCAAGAACCCCCACAGGACAGUGUCAUUGCCACUUACGAGGAGCAUGAGGACAGUGUUUACGCUGUGGACUGGUCCUCAGCUGACCCCUGGCUCUUCGCCUCCCUGAGUUACGAUGGGAGGCUGGUCAUCAACAGGGUGCCCCGAGCACUGAAGUACCACAUUCUGCUCUGACCAGCGGCCUGUGCUCAGUGGGGCUCCACAUGCCACCAUUUGAAGGUGAUCCACUUUCCAAAAGCCUCCCUUUCCAGGAGAACCAGUGUUGUCUCUUCUUCUAAGAGAGCAUUUGUGAUACUGAUGGGGCUUCUACCACCCACACUACAGAGAACCAAAUCAGGUUCCACUCACUGUAGGUAAAAACAAGUCCUCCUGACCAAGCCAGGACUAGAAACUUCUUCUCAUGUGGCUUGAUAUCUGCCAAACAUCCCCCCCUUUUUUUUUCCUCUUUUGGGGGAUGUUGGUAACUUCACUUAAAAAUAAAUCUUUUGUUCUCAUGAUGUUAACUCAUCUUUCUCUUGAGAUUAAAAUGGAAUAAAAUAAUUAAGCCACUUGA